AUGUUCUGCUUAAUGAAAUUUCUUCCAAGAUCUUGGAUAUUUUCUGAAUUGAUGAUACUGUAAUAUAGAAGCAAAGCAGAGAAUGAGAAGAAUAUUUUAUCAUUAAUUAUUUAAUAAAUGCGAAAAUCCUAGAAAAUGCCCUCCUAAUAAUAAAUCAAGAAUAUUAUCACACCAACAGGGAGUUCACAAAUAACCUACAGUCCUGAGUUAUCUCCGAUCAAUAAACCACAAAAAUAAAUGACUCGAAAGACAUCCAUGAUUGAAUUGCAUAGAGUAGAAAGUGAAGCUAUUAGAGUCAGACCUCAAAGGGUGCUAUAAAUCAUUAAAGAUGCAAAGCAAUAAUUAUUCUCUUAAUAAAAUCCUCGAAAUGAAAAAAAACUUAAGCCAAGAGUGGAAACAUCUGAAGGGUAAAAUAGAGGACUAGAUUUUACAUUUGCAUAGAAUUUCUCAAACAAGUAAAUUAUUAUGAAAGAAUUCUCCUCGAAUGGUCUCAGAAAAAAAUUCUUUAUAUGA